AUGAAGCUUUUGCUGGGUGCCGUGCUGGUUGUUGUGACAUCCGCCUUCGUAGAGCGAAAGGAAUGGGAAGCCUACAAAGAAAAGUACAGCAAGGUCUACAGGGACCCAGUCGAAGAGCACUACAGGAUGAAGGUGUACGCGGACAACAAGGCCAUCGUGUCCCAGCAUAUGAAAGAGUACGCCGAAGGCAAGCACACCUUUACCAUGGCGAUCAACAAGUUCGCUGACCUCACCAACGAAGAGCUCGGCAAUCUGUACAACGGUCCGAGGAUUGGCAGCCCUGUAUCUCACGCGACACACCAGAUGUCGGGCAAGACAGCGCCAGCCAGCGUCGACUGGCGCGACCACGGUGCCGUCACCCCGAUCCCAGACCAGGGCGCAUGCGGCUCCAGCUGGGCCUUCGCGGCCAUGGGCUCGCUGGAGGGCGCCUGGAAGCUGUCCGGUCACCAGCUGGUCGAGCUCAGCGUGCAGCAGGUCCUUGACUGCACCAGGGACUACGGGUGUAACGGAUGCGAGGGCGGCUGGAUGGACAAGGCGUUUGAGUAUACCCGUGACAACGGCGGCCAGCCCGUGGCGACCUACCCGUACACGGCGAAGAACGGAGACUGCCACGGUGACGCCAGUAAGAACGUGGCCACUUUGAGCAACUGGACGGACGUACCGCGGGGCAGCGAGGCCGGCCUUUUGGACGCCGUCGCCAACCACGGCCCCGUGUCAGUGGCCAUCGACGCGACGCAAUCGGCGUUCUUCAAGUACUCGGGCGGAGUAUACGAUGACCCCUACUGCCGUGAUAACGAUGGAAACCACGGGGCUCUAGUGGUGGGGUACGGCACCGAGGACGGCAAGGACUACUGGCUGGUGAAGAACUGGUGGGGCACCAGCUGGGGCCUCGACGGUUACGUCAAGAUGAGCCGCAACAAGAACAACCAGUGUAGUAUCGCGACGUUCGCCUCCUACGCGGUCGUUUAG